AAUUCCCGAAAAUCAAAACCCGGGAUACUCGCCAGCAGCUCAAAACACCCUAAGCGAACAUCUCCGCCAUGGCGCAAAAGGGUUAGCGAUCACCCACCAUCCCGUCCGGUUAUCGGCACCCGCUUCCCCACUCUCAUCUACAAACCGAAUACUUAAUCUUGAAAUCUCAAACUCUUUUCGACAUGCUUUUCUUGGCCUUAAAGUUUACCAAGAAAUUAUGUUAGAUGAAGAGAAAACUCCCGACCAAGCAGCAGUGGCUGCCGAGCCACCAUACAGCAUCUUCACCUCCCGCCAAAAAGCCCUCAUCGUAACCACCGUCUCGGUAGCAGCUACCUUCUCAGGCUUCGCGUCGAACAUUUACUUCCCUGCUAUACCGACCAUAGCUCUCGACCUGGGCGUUACGCCCGAACUGAUCAACCUGACAGUCACCUCAUACAUGAUCCUCCAAGGCCUCUCGCCAACGAUCUGGGGCGCAGUAGCUGACGUCCAUGGUCGUCGAGUGACUUACAUCUGCACUUUCUUCGUAUUAAUAGGUGCAUGCAUCGGGCUGGCUGAGACGAGACAUUAUUACCAACUAGUAAUCCUGAGAUGUCUCCAGAGCGCCGGGAGCGCGAGCACGAUUGCGAUUGGCGCGGGGGUUAUCGGGGAUAUCACCAUUAGAGCGGAGAGAGGUGGGUAUAUGGGGAUCUAUCAAGCGGGUUUGUUGUCGCCGGUUGCGAUUGGACCUAUUCUUGGGGGGAUAUUCUCGCAGACGUUGGGCUGGCACGCGAUUUUCUGGUUCUUGGCUAUUUAUGCAGCUGCGUUUCUUUGUUUCCUGGUUAUUGUCUUGCCGGAGACGCUGAGGUCGAAAGUUGGGAAUGGAUCGAAACCAGUCUCGGGGUUGUCGAAUUCUUUGCUUGGGUAUUUGCAGCGACGAAAAUUGGAUCCUGAGAGUUUAGACAGGACUGUUACGUCGACCUCGAUCCAGAAAGCGCUCCCGGUCGACUUCCUUGGCCCCAUCAAGAUCAUCUUCACCAAAGAAGUAUCGUGUGCGAUCUUCUUCCUAGCAAUCUACUACACCGUCUGGCAAAUGGUCAUCUCAAUCCUAUCCACGCUCUUCAAAUCAACGUACGGCCUCUCCGAACUGCAGAUCGGACUUUGUUUCAUUGGCAAUGGAGCUGGCUGUAUCAUCGGGACUCUAACUACGGGCAAAUUCCUUGAUUUCGAGUACAAGCGAUGCCAAAAAAGUUUCGAUGGUUCACCAGAGGACUUCCCGCUCGAGAAGGCGAGACUAAGGACCCUUUGGCUGUGGAGCUUUCUUCAAUUGGCUUCGGUAUUGGUCUUUGGAUGGACUCUACAGUAUAAGAUCCAUAUCUCUGUCCCGAUCAUCUGUACCUUCAUCCUUGGGUGGGCCGCUACAUCGAUCAUCAGCGUGGUUAACACUUUCUUGGUGGACAUCUUCCCCAAGAAAAGUGCGUCUGCUACUGCGUCGUUAAACUUGGUGAGAUGUUUGAUGGGUGCUGGUGGGACGGCUGCCGUGUUGCCCAUUGUGAAUGGGAUUGGAAUUGGGUGGACAUUUACGCUGUUCACGGGUGUCAUGCUGAUUAGUCUUGGGCUGGUGGUUCUGCAGAUGGGGAAGGGCUUGAAGUGGAGGAAAAAGAGGCAGGCGAAGGAGAUGGAUGGUGAGAUGUUGGAGACAUGAGCGGACGUGUACGUGUGUUGUAGAUAUGAUGAUACCCAUUUAGAACGCAGACGAUCUGAGGUACAUGCCAUUGUAGACACAGUACAAC